AUGGGAAUUGAAACGUCUUAUUCGGGAUUCGUUUGCUCCAAAUCUGCAAAACUUAAAGAGGCUUGGUUGCGUCUUUUUAAAAAGAUUAUCACUAAUUCAUCGAAUGAUCGGUUGAAAGUUACUGUCCCAGAAAUCUAUGCAAAGCAGUUAUUUGAUCAGCUGGCAACUAAACACUCUCAAUCAGUUACCAGUGUUUUAUGUUCCACUUUGGCUACUAUUAUUGGUCUCACUUCAACAGAUGAUUUGCGUGAACGAUUUCUCAAUUUUCUCACCAAAUUACUGGCAGAAAAGCUCUCUUCCAGCACAAGGAGGGCUGAAUUUGUCAUAAUAUCUGCAGUGUCUUCUAGUAUAGCUAAGUUACUGCGAAGUGUUGAAAUGGAAUCAAAAUAUGAAAGUAAUUCAAACAGGUUUUUUGAGUAUGCUCUUCAAAUUCUUCUCGCAGGUUUGGAUAAUAUUGGCCGGUACAAACCAAUUAAAAGUGCUUGUAAACUCUUGUCGGCUUCUUGUAAAUACGUCUCCACGUGUGAUUGGCCAAAAACACAGCUAGUUAUUACAUAUCUGCAAACAUUAACCAAUCACAAAAAUUCAUCGUUAGCCAGUACUGCGAGGGUUGCAUAUAUUGAUCUCUUGAAGCUUGUCAGUAAAUCAGAUUCCAUUUCUGAUGAUGAGAUAAAGUUAGUACUUAGUGAAGUUAUUCCAUUUCUUGCGGAUAAAUAUGUUUUGGAGACUUUGCCCACAAGAAUACAUUCAUUUCGACUGAAGUGUUUGAGUAUUCUACUACCAUUGUACGUGAAGCACUCUUCCAAUCAUGAUUCAACACAGAUUCUGGCUUUGUCAGUUCAAGAAGUAACACGGAUGGUUGAUGAAAUUUCAAACAACCCCUUACCUCCAAUUGCUUACUCUCUCGUAGACCUGAUGAGUGCCUUGUUAGAUCUCUUGACGACGUUGCCUGAGAUGCUCUCAUCGCCGAUGCGGGAGUCUUUGUUAUAUUCACUGAAAUUGGGGAUAGUCUCCUGCUUUCAGGCUUAUCCACGACUCUCCCAGACUUCCACUGAAUCUAUCGCUAGGGCAAUAGUCAAGAUUAUCGAGAAGAUGGAGGAUGAUAAAGAUGCGCUUGUAGUUCUUGACGAAGCUUUCUACCACAUUGUCCUUCAGACCUGUUCGCACUCGCCUUUCAACCUCGAUGUCAGUGAAUCUGAUGACGAUGAUUCAAAUGGAGCUGAAAAGGACACAGAGGAUAACAGUCUUGAAAAGAUUCGACAACCCAACGUUUCUUCUCUGCCCGAGGUGGCGAUUCCACUGCCUUCCUUCAGGGAAUAUCUUCCACUUUGGCGAUAUCUUUUGGGCCUUUCCUUCUUGGGUAUAAGAAAAGAGGCGAACCACACACUCAUUCCCAAACACUGUUCGGCCUUGGUUCUGCGGUUCCUCCUUGACUCCUCCCUGGUGAUUGUGAAACGUCUGGAUUUCUCUUAUGAUGAGGUGGGCUCAGAUACUACUGAUUUGGAGACUCAAGUUGACGUCAAAACUCCCCACGACGUACUGAUACUCUCAAAUAUUGCGGCGUUUUUAGAAGUACAAUGCAUGUUAAAACACAUUCACACUGCUUCUUUCAUCAUUCACAGGUAUCCGUUACUAAGUGGUCUCUACCGUCUACUUAAGCUGUCUAUUCUAUUAGCAAAACGGUCAGGUUUCUUUCAGUCCAAUGAAUCCGCGGUUGAAACCCAACUUCUACCAUUUGCCCACUUUCUUAUUGAUUCAUUUCCACCUGCGGGAGCCUUGUCUGCGGAUGAUCUCAGUAUAGCUCGAAGUUCAUGUCUUCUUAGUUUUCUGCCAUCAGUGCUAUUCCACUCAAAUAUCACCCGAAUUGGGCAUGUUAUCACUUCUAUCUCGCAAUUGGCCACCAUCCAGGGCCGUGGUGCUUCAUUGGCAAUUGAAACUGUAUCCGCCAUUGAGGUAUGGUUAAAAGAAAACAAGGCGUAUUCGGAUUUCUAUCCAACUGUAUUUUCUGCUCUCGUUCCGGCAUUGGUUAACUUAUUGAACGCAAAUCCUGAUGAACGAAUAGCUACCAAGAGCGCGCUUCCUCCUAUUGGUCGGCGUUUCUCUCGCUCAUACCGAAGGACGGAAUUACCCCGCGCUUUAAAAACUCUCUCUAAACAACCAACCGCAUCAAGCUCUGACUCCCUUAUUAGAACAGCUCAGAUAAAAGCGAUCGAACUGAUUGGUCAAAAUGUAGCUCACUGGAAUUUCCUCAAAACGGGAGAGACAUCGAUUGAAUCUGAUGACCGAUUCAAUGAAAUUUUGCCUACCGGGAAAGGCGUUUUUAAUGAUCUUUGUCUGUGUUUACCUUUUCCCGAUCUAAGACCCAGCAUUCGUCUCUCCGAUUUGCGUCUUUUCACAAGAAUUCUGCAUAUUCUCUUAUGGCGGCCUAAGUCCUCUAAUAACGCAAAUAUCGAGGCUUCUAAAGGUUUUUCAAGGCAAACGCGAGUAAGUGCAGCUGAAUAUAUUCAUGAAUAUAUCGUUUUUGCGCUAAACACUCAACUAGCAGCUUCGAACGAACCGAUCGAAAGCAGCGAUGCAUCAUAUUGGCAACUUCUCUUUCAACUGGUGUUCGUAUUGGGAGCUGAUGAUGAUCCAUUGAUCCGUCGAUUAUUUCGCAGUCUAGCAUUCCAAUUGGUUCAUUGGUAUGCGGGGUAUCUAACAGCAGGUCUUUGUGAAGCUAAGCUUCUUCUUAAAACCCUUCUGCGACUACUAAAACUAGUAGCAUCUGAAGAUGAUAUGUUUAGCAUUAUUGAAUCCUCUUGGCCAAUACCUGAAUCGAUUGACACGUUACGAACAAAGCUGGCAUCUGUUUGUCUCCGAGAUUUUUUGCAUUGGAUGAAUGUUGAAACUCCUGGUACCAAGAGGCGUCGAUCAUCUCUGGGUGAUGAAGGUUUGGAUGACCUCCUGCGACAGAUUUUGGAUGGUCUUUGUAGACAAGGCUCAGCUUCUAUUGUUUUCAAUGAUGUAGUCGCGCCUUUAUUAACUGAACGACCAGAACUUACAAGGAAAUACAUCUACGUUCUGAUUGAUGCCUUCAAGAGACCAGGACAAUGUUUUUCUCCAGCUGUUUUGAAAAUGGCAUUUGAUUUACUUAUCUCUUUAAUAAAGAACUCUCCCAAUGAUUUGACAUUUGAAGAUUAUUCUCCGGCUUUAAAGCGACCUCGUCUAACACGAACAAGUCAAAAUAAGUCAAAUGUUGAUUCGCUGAAACCUCAGACCUGGGAAUCUGCUUCCGUCUCUUCUUGCGUAAAAUCUUUUCUUAGAGAAUGCAAGGAUUCACCAAAUAGAAAGCUAUUCCAAGAACUACUUGAACAAAUUCUUUCUGACGCGAAUUUGCAGUUGAUUCCACAAAUUCUACCUGAUCCUGAAUCACUUAUUUCAAUGCUUGGAGGUAGUAUUGAGAACCCAACAUCAUUUAUCGAUUUUCUGGAUAACUGCUCAUGGCUGAUAAGCUCAAAUCUCUUGAGUGCCUCCAAAUUCCUUGAAACUAUCGAUUCAGCGAAUUGUUCGGUUAUCGCGAAGUUAGAGGCUUAUUGUUCAUCUCCUGAAAGGUGUCUACUUAGUGACAUUUUAUUGGUUGAAUUUAGACGAACUUCGAGAGGAUCAGCCACUGUUUUAAAAUUUCUUCGCUCCUUACUCCCUUCUAAACCAAGGAUUGAAUUAAGUAGUAUCUUCGCUGAAGGUCACUCAGUAUGGAGCUUUUUGGUCUUGUGUCUAUUGAAUCCAGUUAAAGUAGGUUUCAAAACGGAUGAAAGUAUAGCUAUCGAUAUGCUCAAACUAUUUUCAAAAGGUGACAUUACCUUUGUUAAGGGAUCGAUUUCCCAAUUCCUUGAAUCAGAAGGGUCGGAAUUAACGAUCACACCUGAUGUAGUGUCCAAACUCAUUCAUUCUGUCUUCUCGAUUUCUACAUUCUUCCAAUAUCAGGUUUCAUUUGACAAGGAAUUAAUUUUUAAGUCCAUAAAUCAAUUAAAUAAAUGUGAAAUUCAUCCGGUGGCACUUUUGUCAAUUUUGGGUUUGAAGCAAGAAAACGAUACACCACUUGAAUCCCCAAAUACAGUGAUUGCAACUUUACUUAAGCUUUUUGCAAUUUAUUCAAGAGGAUCUAAUAAGUUAAGAACGAGCCAAUUGUGUGAAGGGGUCACUAAAGUGUGGAAAAAACACAUCGAGACCCUUCUCAGAUUCAAAGACUUUGAUAGUUGUCUGUUUGUUGAUCUCCUGGAGGCAAUUAUUUCAUUAUCGCCAGUUGAACUGGACAGAAAUAUAUUCAUCUCCGCUUUCUUACUUCUCCUCAAAGACGAAACGCUGAAUGUGCCCACAAAGGUGAAGAAUCUGGAUAUGCUGGCCUUCUUCCUUCAAUCUGAUAUAACCCCAACAAACUUUAAUCUAUCAAACGAAAGGCGAUAUGAAAUUGUUGAAGCAGUCAAAUACCUAUUUGCCUCUAAUCUUCCACUUGACCAACAUGAAAUCGCUUCAAGUCCAACUAAAUUAGCUCAAUGUUCAACUCUCUUGAAAUCGGUAUUAUCCCUUCUGAAAACUCUAAGUUGUCCGGAAGCAAUUCUUAUGCUGACAAUGACAUCCUGCAGAUACGAUGAUCAUUUCAUGGACGAGGAGUUGGAGGAAUCGUUGCGGAUCGCGAUGAAACGAAUAUGGACUCGUCCUCUUGCCCAAGAACAACUUUUAGCUACAGCAAUAAACUAUUUUGACCAAGCUUGCUCUGAAUCAAUUCCUUCUCCAGGUUUUAUCAAUCUCUGGCAUCGUUAUAUCCAUAAAUUCUUGAAGCCUCUUCUUCUUUCGGUUUCACCUUCAGCUCUUGAACGUCUUGCUGCUCGAAAUAUAAACAAGUGGUUGCAAAUUCUUGAAGGCAACGCCUCAGAGGAUGGAGUCCAUGUAACCACACAGUGGUUUUGGAGGUUACUAAAUCGUGUCGUGGCAUUCUAUCUCCUCGUAACAAUCUACAAUCGUUUGCCAAAGUCUGCUCUCCACGGAUUGACCGCGGGGGGAGUAGGUUCAGUAUUAAGAGCUUUUCUCGGACCAUCGGAACUCGAUCUCAUUCAAAGCGGAAAAGUUAAGGGGACUGAGUUGACUGCUGCCAUCAUUAAAAAAGUACGCAGCACGCUUGAGGACCAGUUAAAUCCCCGGCUUAAUCCUCCUCUAACUGAUGAGCUUGAAACCAUUGCAAAAACACUGAAGCAAACUGUUUGGUCCGCUAGUUUGUCCUGUCUAAUUGCGGCUGUAAGUGCAACUCAAUCGCAGGAAAAGGCCUUCAAUUGUAUACUUGUUCGCGACUCUCUGACACGUUUUCUUCCAAACAGGAGCUUCACUUUUCCCAGACGUAGGUCGGGGAAAUAUCGAUCCGCUUUUAUCGAGUUGGGAGAACGAUUCUGGCUGCCAUCAGAACGGGAACCGUAUUUCGGUAAAAUAGAUGUGCAAACACAGGGAAUGGAUUCAUCUUUGCAACAAAGAAAUAAAAGUGGAGGACUUCUACUUGGAAGUAGUCUCUCUGUAGAGAUUAAUCGUUUUAUGAGGGCUUCUGGAACACAGAUAAUUCGCGGUUCCACUUCCUCAACUGAUUUCAAGAAGCCUCUAAGUCCAGGAGUAUCACCUCCAUUAUCUCAAAUGUCUCCGAGUUUUCGUCAACUCGAGGAGGUGGAAGAGGAAACCAAUUAUGUUAAUCUCGAAGUCGAUCCUCUAAAUAUGACUUCCCUAAUGAUUGCGUUUAUUGGUCUCCUCAAACGCAUGUCACAAUUGGGUUUGUUGAAGUCCAACGAAAUGCCUCAGGUACUUAAAUUCCUCUAUGACCAAUUCAACUCGAAUCAAGAGGAUUGCAAUGUGCGAGCCUUCGUGGUUAAAUUGGUUAUCAACUGUCCUGAGGCAAGGAAUUGCUUAAUUUCAUGUGUAUUCAAGCCCUUCUCCAAACACUGGUUUCCUCUUCUCCUCAUAUACGCAUCCUCCAAUACCGAAGCUCUCCUGGAUUCCUGGGGUCUCUCUUCAUUGGCCAUUGAUCUUUGCCUUCUUCUUGCCGAUUGGAGUCGUUCUAGCAUCCUGCCGACUAUUGAAACGGAAAAGAUGGCAGCUCAGGGAGUGCUCGCCUUCUUGGUGAAGUAUGCGUGGUUCAGAGCCUCCGACGAUGGGGUACCCGAUAUACCCGAAGGCGUAGCUCCGGCAUUAAAGCACAAUUUGGAGUUAAUUCAAUUAUUGGCUGAGUCUUGGUUACCUGCUGGCGUGCAAAUCCCUUAUAGGCAAGCCAUAUGUACUGUAUUCAGAAUGGAAGUAGAUCUCCUCGCUGAACUUCAGCAACGGGCUGAUAACAAACGAGUAAUCUUUACUCUUCAUCUAUUCAAGACUAUUUUAAUUUCUUGUCAGCGAUUCGCCCCCGAAAUCGAUAACCUUCCUCUCUCACAAUUUGUGUGCGCUCUUCUUAUGAACAUUCAUCAAACCUCCAAAACCCUCCUAACGGCUGCUUGGGAGUGUUCAGCUCUUCUAGCUUCAAAGUGCUUCACUCCCCAGUCUUUUAUUACUUCUUCGGGGGAAUUUCUGAGAAGUCGAGGAGUGGAUAUCCUUCCACUUUCCGCAUUUCCUAAAGAUCUCCAUCCUCUUAUUAACGAACUCUGGUCGAUGGUGACCGAACUCAAUACGGUUCACCGUUGUAAACGACCUUCAGAUACACCAGUCAUGAGUGUGAUUGAAGCUUCCUGUGCUUCCGCCUCUCAUUGGUCUGUGCUGGCUCUGCAUCUGGCCAAUAGCCUUUUGGGAACGGGUAUUCCGAAGAGUAUUGAACCAAGCUCAUUCGUCCAUUGCUUAAGAGUGUUUACGAAACUGCUCGAAGACUUUAAUGAAAAUAAACUUGAAUUUUCUCUGGAUCAAGCAGCCAAGAUUGAAGUUUUACAGAACAUAGUCAAUUCGAAUGCGUUUGAGAUUAUUAAACUGGAAAAUGCGGUAGUUCUCUUUCAUGGAACUAUGUUAAUACUUCGAAUGGUCCAGCUUUUGAAGAAUAUCCCCCAAAAUAGUCGUGACCUUAAUAUUGAAACUCGGAACUCGUUGGUUUUACGAUUAAUGAGGUUUCUUCUUUCGUCGUUGGCAAGAUCGAAUUCAACACCAAAUUCCCGCAGAAUCGCCUAUAGAAUCUUUAUUGAAGUUAGGAAAAAUGAGAAAAGCACAGGAACUCGUGAAAUUAUGGAGCUCUGCCACCUGGGUCUGUCUUACGGUCUAUGUGCAGAAGAUGACAACCAACUGCGUCGUCAACUACGAAAAUACGUUUCAGAGCACUAUUUCGAUUCAUCGCCCGUUCUUGGUUUAUCUCCAUCUCUCGCAAGAUGUUUGCAAACUUUUCAAUUAUUAAGUGCUUCUCACCGCAGUUACACUGAUAAUCCGACGUUAGUGAGUAGCAUUGGACGACAUCUAAUAUCGACUAGUCUGCAGAUUGUUCUUGAACCUGCGAUUAAAUCCGCUGAGUUUCGACAUCCUUUUCGAUCAGGUCUAUUGGAUCCUCAUUACCCGUUUACAGACGCUAGUUUCUCUCGAACGUCCAUCUCAAUUUCCCAGUCUUUUCUCGAUCCAGUUGUUUUUAGCGGAACUCAACAAUUAAGGAGAAGUCAAACCCAACUUCUAGAAACCGCAUUGGUGUCUACAACCCUCGAUUUACAAGGGGAUGAUAGCACUCAAACACAACUUCUUACAACGCAACAGAUACCAUCAAAUUCGCUCUCCACACAAUUUGGUGAGACCCUAUCGGAUCAAUCUGCACCGAGACAAGUAUUCUUUCCGUUAAAGCCCUAUAAAAAAGUGAAGAAGGUCGACUUUAAAAACCUAUCGCCAGUCGAACAACUUCGCAGGAAAUUCGCAUUCGCUACUACUCUUGCAGCUCAAAAUCCAGAUUUAGUAUCUCGUAGUGAAAAUCCUAUUCGGGAAAUCUUCAAGAAUCUCACAAUUCAACGCCAACAUGCAGAGAUGGCAUCUGGGAAUUCCUCCCUGUCUUUAACAGAAUAUGAGACUACUGCUCGACUGUGUCGUCGACACAGAAUUGGGGCACUGCCCGAUGUUGCAAAACUUACCCCGAAGGCGUUACUGCAACCGCUUUUUCAACUUGCGAAAUUGGACUCGUCCAUUUGUGGACCGGCUCUCCUUCGAAUUGUUUUGGAAUCAAUUAUUGUUUCCUCUGGAAAAAGUGCCAAUGACGACUUUGUGAAGGAGCUGGGAGCGUCUCUUGCCAGAUUGCUAACUCGAGGUGGGAUUGACCAGAGUGUUGCCUGUUUGUCGCUGAUUUGGGAGUUGGGAAUGGGUUUAGAAAGGGAAAGAAUUAUUCUUUCAAUGAUUCCAGAACCGAAAUUACUGUCGACGUGUGCGAUAUCAUCUGAAAAGGCUCUGAUUGGUGUAUCGAUAAUGGAAGAAGUGUUCUGUAAUCUCGCAAUGAGAUGGUGUAGGGCGAAUUCUCUGCUCUUUUCCGACGGCAUCCGUCGAAUUGACUAUAUAAUUGCCUUCAAACUACACGAACCAUCAAUUGAAGCUGAACUCCGUGAGUGUUUUCUCAAUCUCAGUCGACAUGGAGUUGAUAUUGAGAUAGAGGACUCGAGUGGAGAAGCACCGGUGAACUUGAGUGAAGAAAUGAGCUCCCAUCAGUUUGUGAACAACAAGCCAAUCUUUGCCAAACUUCAUGUUCAAUGGAAUAAAUUGCUCCAGGUUGCUGAACUUCUGCAUUUUCAGAAACCAAUCGUAAGUUUGUCUUUUAAUUCAAGCGUAGUAAGAAUAGUAUGUAAGAAUACUAAAUCAAAUUUUUUUUUCAUUGCAAUAUUCAGGUAA